CUGGGCUUGGCCAUUUGGCUGGAGGAUGGACAACUGAAACGGUGGGAGAAGGGAGCUGAGAAAAUAUAGCUUGAAAGGCGAGAAAGCAAGCAAGGAAGGAGUAUUUGUUGAUAAUGGGGUCAACAUGAAACACAAGUGGUGGGGAAAAGGGGGACAGAAUGCAGACAAAAGAGGUCAGUUGCACUAAAACGGAGAAGGAAAGCGAGCAGCUGUAUGAGCGGGCAAAACGGUGGAAGAGAGUUUUCCGCUAAGCAGAGAUCAUGAAAAUAUAUAAUAGCCGCGAACGGUGACGUGACACAUUUUCACACUUAACAGUACUUUCUGCAAACUCAAGACUCACUUGAUGUGGGCUGGGUCAAAAUACGCACAGAGGGAGGGAGGUAGGGAGGGAGAGAGACAAACACACACACACAGUCUCAGAUUCUGCCCAUCUGAGAUAAAAUCCGAGAGGAAAUAGACGGGGGCAGAAAUGGGCUGGUAGCAUGGAGACUGCCAUUGAUAUCUAUAAGCACUUCUCGUGGCUCAAAAAAGUCAACCUGUGUCCUCCUGCCAACAAUGAAACCUACCAAGAGAGACUGCUCCGCCUAGAGGGUGACAAGGAGUCCUUGGUUUUACAGGUAAGUGUACUGACUGACCAGGUGGAGGCUCAAGGGGAGAAGAUCAGAGAACUCGAAAGCUCCCUCGAGGAACACAGACAGAAACUAGCUUCCACUGAGGAGAUGCUGCAACAGGAGCUGGUGAGCAGGACGUCUCUGGAAACUCAGAAGUUAGAUCUGAUGGAUGAGGUUUCAUAUCUGAAACUGAAGUUGGUUAGCAUUGAGGAAACUCACCACACACAUCUCCAAGAACCCAUGGACGCAAACCAGAAUAAAGCAGAGUGCGUGGUAAAUCUCAUCAGUGAGCUCCAGGAGCAGAUGUGCAGGUUUCAGGAGGAAAUCAGCACUCGCAUUCAGGAGAAGCGGGCCCUGGAAGAUGGUGAUGCCCAGCGCGGAGGAGAGCCGGGUGCCGAGCAGGCCCGCGCUCACAGCCCUGUGCUCAGUCUAAGUGCCACCAACCUGAGCCUGUAUGGACUGGCCACAAAUGAUUUAUUGCAAGAAGUGAAGCAGCUCAAGAAUAAAGUGGAGGAGCUGGAAGGAGAGAAGGGACAGUACGAGAGGCAACUUCGAGUCACCAAGCUCUCUAUCUCUUACUCUCUCCACGUGUGUUACCAGUCGCUCAUGACUCAGCUCUCCAGUCUCAAGCUGACUGUGGGGCACACGCAGCUGGAGAAGCAACAGUGGGAAGAGCGCUGGCGCAGCGCACAGGCUGAAAUCUCAGACCUGCAGCAGCUCCUUUGCUCCAAAGACGUUGAGAUUGAAAGCCUGCAGACCCAACUUCUGGCCAGAGGCAGCACAGCCAAUGACAACGCAGCGAGAGAGGAGGUGUAUAUCAAACAUCUGAUCAACAAAUACCAGGAAUACCAGCGUCUGAAGGUGGGGAUGGAGUCUCUUUUAGCUUCAAAUGAUGAAAAGACGCGCCGUAUCGAGGAGCUGACAAGUCUGCUUGGCCAGUAUCGAAAAAUUAAUGAACUCAUGGCACUCACGCAUGGAAGUAGUGAAGAGGAGCUCAGUGGCAGUGUGAAAGUCAGAGCCAUCACGCAAAAACCCCACUGUGAUAUCUAUAGGUCAGAGAUGUCAUCAAGAGGAUCUUCACCACUUAUGUUAUCAUCAUCAUCACCUUACCAGAGAGAACUGGACUCAUGUUUUCAGACCCCGAUGGACGUGUCACUUUCUACUGGCGAUACAAGCUUGUUAAAUGGAUUAUGGCAUCAACGCAGGUUGCAGUCUAGCAGUCUUGAGGAACUGCAGAGCAGAUCUUUACAAAAGCCUGUAGAGACCCGACCAGAUGAAAGUGAAUCAGACAUAGGGGGAGAGAAUGCUCACAUGGAGCUGAACAAGUACCAGACGCUGCCAGGGAAGCUAUGUCGAAAAGGUGAGCUCAGGACCAAGCUGAAUGAUGCCAGGGAAAUAGACGAAGAGUAUUUAUCUCCUGGAAGGCUCUCACCCGUCCAUAGCCAUGACCAAGAUUACAGUCUAAUUCGCUACAGGAGUGCCAGUGCUCCAAUUUUAGGAUCUCCGGGGAAGUAUGAUCUUUAUUACACUGAAUGUUCAGAGAAUUUAGAAGAAUGUAUCUUGUCAGACCAGUCCCCUCUGUCCUCUGGAAUGGACUCUCCUAUAGCACUCGAAAACAGGAAAAGUCAAAGAGGCAUUAAGAAGCUCUGGGGCUUAAUUCGGCGCAGUCAGUCAGGUAGUCCAGGUCAGAUGCAUGACCCAGAGCUUGGCGAUUUCAAGAGGAGAGGCCCCAGAAUGAGACGGUCACGUUCAGGGAACAUACGAGACCUGAAGAUGCAUUUUUCUAAGUGGAACACCGAGCAGGUGUGCGAAUGGCUAGAGGACAUUGGACUGCGCCAGUAUGCCGCCAUGGCUCACCAGUGGAUCAGCAGCGGGCAAACUCUACUGUCUGCCACUGCACAUGACCUAGAAAAGGAAAUGGGAAUGAAAAAUCCAUUGCACAGGAAGAAACUCCAUUUAGCCAUCAAGACGUUUAAUAGCAAGCAGCACGAGAAGUCCGCCGAGCUGGAUUACCUCUGGGUCACUCGCUGGCUCGAUGACAUCGGCCUUCCUCAGUAUAAAGACCAAUUUAAUGAAGGAAGAGUGGAUGGGCAGAUGCUGCAGUACCUUACUGUGAAUGACUUGUUGGCCCUAAAAGUGACCAGCCAGCUGCAUCAUCUCAGCAUCAAGUGUGCUAUUCAUGUUCUGCAUGUUAACCAGUUCAACCCGUACUGUCUCAAGCGCAGGCCUGGCACCGAGAACCAGUGUUCUCCUCGUGAGGUGAUUCAUUGGUCCAAUCAUCGAGUCAUGGAGUGGUUGAGAUCUGUGGACCUGGCCGAGUACGCCCCAAACUUGAGGGGCAGUGGGGUUCACGGAGGAUUGAUCAUGCUGGAGCCUCGGUUUAAUUCCGACUCGCUGGCCAUGCUGCUUAACAUCCCUCCUCAGAAAACACUGCUGCGUCGCCACUUAGCCACCAAUUUCAGCAACCUGGUGGGAGCGCAAGCCCAGCAGGAGAAGAGAGAGUACACCGAGGCAGUUAACUACACGCCGCUCAGCAUCACUGCCAAAGUCAAGCCCAAAAAGUUGGGCUUCUCCAACUUGACGCAUUUGCGGAGGAGGCGGCCGGAUGAAUCCACAGACUACGUUUGCCCCAUUGAGUCCGCCGGGCCUCUUGAGGGCCAUUCGACAGGGAACGAUACCCAGGCACAUCACUACAACAACAACAACGUCCGAGGCCUGAGCACCAUCACGGACAGAAAGCCGGAUCACUCCAGCCACCAGCCCUCAAUACCUCAGCCCGCAUCCCACCCCCAUCCCGUGCUCCUCAAUCCUCAACCCAGCCCAUCAGUGUGACCAAGUGCCUGGACAAGUGAAGAGAUCUCUGUGAUGUUCUGAUAAAGCUGCCCGAUGGCUCCACAAUCCCCACAGCUGCCUGUCAUGAUGGAUCUUGUCCGCCUCCCGUAUUAUUGGUCAGGUGCUAAACGAACCCAGCGUCGGCGACAGUGUUUAUAAAAGCACUCUUCACAGUAUUUAGCAGUUCUCUUAACCACUGUGCGCCAACAAGUGAUCAUUUUAUAUUUGUGUGAAUUCACUCGGGCACCCUUUCUACUUCAUAUUUUCCAGCUUUGAAUACCAACCACGUGCUUAAAAUAAACCUGUACUUAUACCGGUACUUGCUUUUAUUCUCAGAGAGUUGUAUUUAUUAUUUUAUGUAAUUGCAGAGCCAAACAAGAAACAGAAGGCUUAUUUUGGAAACGGGAGCUGAUUUUGUGCAAAUGUCCUUACUUUACAGUACUAGAUAAGCUUUUACACUAAAUUAACGAAUGCUUCUUUGAAGAACGCGACAUGUUGUGUAAUUUAAAAAAAAAAAAUGCAAUUUACAUGAAUAAGAGCGUGUGCGCAUGUGCAAAAGUUUAUUCGGUUCUUUACAUUUGGAUUAGUUUAGCUUUCGGCUCAAACUGGGGGGAUUUAAUUUGAAGUCGGAAUGCUAUCGCUAUAUCAACUACACAUUAAAAUCCUUCCAAUAA